AUGCUGACUUCUAUCCAGCUGAUAGUUUUGCUUUUUUGGACCAACAUUAGCUCAGCUGAUGCAGAGAAACUUUUUCACAAUCGCGAUCAUUCUGAUGUGCGAACCCUUAAUUCUCACCAGGCUGAGGUUAUAACAGACAAAUAUGGAUUCAUGAAGCCAGUGAACUGGGAGGAGAUCCGAUUUGAAGAUUCACACACCAGCUUCAGUGGCGACUUCCUCGAUGAUCUUCAAGCCACGAUUCAGGAGGGGACCUCGGUGCCUCAUUCAAGGGAUGCUCCUCAAGAUGACUACAAGAUACCAACUGAGAGCGAAGCUUUUGCUUCAGCACUUAAAGAGUUUCAGAAGGUAUCAGGCCUGCCUGUCACAGGUGUGUUUGAUGAGGCCACCAAGGUGGCAAUGAACAAACCAAGGUGUGGGGUACCUGACAAGGAGAUUGACCUGAAUACGGCUGUAGCAGCUGAGAACAGUAGUGCCUCAGAUAUUGAAAACAGCCCUGGUGACACUUACGAGACUGAUAGUAACAACACAGCGACUAAUAUAAUCAGCGACACUGCUUUUGGUGCUGCGAACUCCUCUGAAGAUGACAUAUUCAAUUUUAAUGACACAGAAAGUGUCCUCACAGGCAUUUCCAAUGACACCAGCAUGAAUUACACAGAAGAAUUUAACUCUUUUGAUGUCACCUCUCUAAACAGCUCACAUGAUAUCAUCAUGGACAGUCAGAAGGUAAAUAUCAGUGCGAACCUACAACAGAGCAAAGAGGUGCGGCGCAGGAAACGUCACCUUGCUGCUCUUGUAUCCAAAAGCAGGCGCAAGAGAGAUUUGGGUGAGACCGGCUACAUGGCCUUUUCUAAGAAAGUGCUGAAAUGGAGACUUAUAGGAGAAGGCUACAGCAGUCAGCUGACUGUGGAAGAGCAGAGGUACAUCUUCAGACUGGCCUUCCGGAUGUGGAGCGAGGUGUCUCCGCUGGAGUUUGUGGAGGACACUCGUUCCCCGCUGGAGGACAUCGACAUCAGGCUGGGCUUUGGUACAGGAAGACAUCUUGGAUGCAAUCAGAGGUUUGAUGGCACUGGUCAAGAGUUUGCCCACGCCUGGUUCCUGGGUGAUAUACACUUUGAUGAUGAUGAACAUUUCACUGCUCCCAAUGCAGGCAGUGGGAUCAGUCUUCUCAAAGUGGCGGUUCAUGAGAUCGGACACGUCUUGGGUCUCCCCCACAUAUACAGACCUGGAUCUAUAAUGCAGCCCAGCUAUCUGCCACAUGAGUCUGUCUUUGAGAUGGACUGGAUGGACAGGAAAGCCAUACAGCACCUCUAUGGGGGCUGUAAGGGUCGGUUCAACACAGUGUUCGAUUGGAUCAGAAGGGAGAAGACGCCCUACGGGGAGGUGGUCAUCCGCUUUAACACCUAUUUCAUGAGAGACGGCUGGUAUUGGCUGUAUGAGAACAGAAAUAACCGGACACGCUAUGGUGAUCCAGUUGCACUGCAGAUCGGCUGGCGUGGAGUUCCCCUGGACGGAGUGGAUGCCUGUGUGCAUGUGUGGUCCAGAAAAAGAGAUGCUGUUUACUUCUUCAGAGGUACUCAGUUCUGGAGGUAUGACAGCGAGAAUGACGGGGUAUUCACGCAGGACCCGGAAGGUCACCGCUAUCCGAGGUUGAUCUCUGAAGGUUUCCCAGGGGUGCCCAGUCCUAUCGACACGGCCUUUUAUGACAGGAGGGACUCCCACAUCUACUUCUUCAAAAACAGGCUUGUGUAUGCAUUCGACGUUGAAGCCAACAGCUUGGCAAGAGGCUUCCCCAAAAACAUCAGAGAUGUUUUCCCUCCGGUGGUGAGCGGAGACCAUCCAGAUGGCAACAUUGAUGCUGCCUACUUCUCCUACACCCACAAUGCCAUCUUUCUACUCAAGGGCGCGCGCUUCUGGCAGGUGGUGGGCAGCCGCGAUCGCUGGCGCUGGCUCUUUCUGCCACGGAAUGGCCUGCUGCCACACAAGGAGGUGGAUCAGCACUGGUUCGACAUCUGCAACGUUCAUCCCACCGCACUCAAACUAACCCGCUGAGGGCGUUGAAGCGGAGAUGUGAUAAGCCCUACUGGCGUGUUUCUACUGAUUUUACCUGUCGUUUAACAGUGCUGCUAUUGAAGCUCCCUUCCCCACACCGCGGGCCUCUUUGGAUGCGACUAGGAUAAAUGAGAUCAGUCAUGCUGAUAGAGCCCGUGCUGCAGCAGCC